AUCCCUCUCCCAGACCCCCCCAUCCCUCUCCCAGACCCCCUCAUCCCUCUCCCAGUCCUCCCAGUCCCUGUUUCCAUCCCCAGCCUCCCUAAGGGGCCAACCAGCCCUCUCAGAGGCCCACAACAUCAACGCUGCUGUGCUCAGCUCAGGGGUGCUGUGUCUGCCUGGUACGAGAGACAAAGGUGGUCGAGCUCUGGUGACCGUGACAACCAGGAACACUGUGUGGUUGAACCCCAACUGUAACAGCGGCGAGCUGGUUCGAAUCCUGGUCUACUUCUGCACCACCCUCAGGAAGGAAGUGCGGUCCCUGGGGUUGGCGGUUCUGGUGGACGCUCGCAGGUGCUCGCCAGUUCCUGCUCUGUUCAAAGCCUUCAACAUCUUACAGGAUGCCAUGCCAGGCUGUAUUCACACUGUGCUGCUACUGGCUGACAGAGACUUGGGUCUUCGCAUGGAGAAGCCCUCCACCAUACAGAUGGAGGUCCUGACCUCUCUCAAGUCCCUCCACAAGCACGUGGAGGCCUCUCAGCUGCCCACCGAGUUCGACGGCACCUUCCCCUUCUGCCACGCCCACUGGAUCUGUUUCCGCACGAGAGUGGCCCAGCUGACGAGUCACUGUGAGGAUGCGAUCAACCUUCUCCAGGGCACCAUCACUACUCUGGAGUCCACCCCACUGCCCCACAGCGCAGAGGAGGCCCAGGUGUUGCUGGAGAGGUACAGGGCUCUGAUGCGUAGCGUCCUAGAGGACAGCCGAUUGGUCAGGCUGCAGCUCGAGGGCGGAGCUGCAUUGUCCCGCCUCCGCAAGGAGGAGACCAGCGUCAGCCUCACUGAGGACUACAGAGAUGCAGUGCGUUCGGUGGGGAGGCUGUACGAGCAGGUGGAUGAGCUGGUGCACGCACUGGUGAUGCUGUCCAACAGGUGCACCCAGGAGCUGGAGUUCGUCAUGGAGUUCAAGAGCCUGGAGCAGGGCUUCAAAGAGGUCAGUGACUGGAUCGAGGAGGUGGGGGAGAGUCGUCUGAGGACGCUGGGGGAGCUGGAGGACUCUCUGGAGGAGCUGCGCAGAAAACAGAAGCUCUUCAAAGACUUCUACUCUGCUGCUUAUGAGCACUGUAAGGGCGGGGAGGCUCUGCUGCAGCGUCUGGAGCGUUGGGAGGACGUGUCGUCGGCAGAGCUGCAGGUGUACGAGGUCAAGGUGCGCUCGUUCUGGGUGCACCUGCAGGACUUCUCCCAGCGGGUGGAGGACACGCGCGACAACAUCGACAAGACCGUGCGCCUCUACGAGUUCUUCGACAAGGCGUAUGAGUGGGCUCUGGAGGGCAUGCGUCACCUGGCUUGCGUCAGCAUGGAGGACUGCUCUCAGCCCGACAAGUGCCAGGGUGUGAUUGGCUGCCUGGAGGGUUACGGGCGCCAGCACCCAGCCAUCCCGGACGGCCGCUUCCAGGAGAUGAAGGAGCUGGCCGGGGAGCUGAAGAACGAGCAGGGCCUCAGGCAGUGGAAGUUCGCUUGGUCCAAAUGCCAGGAGACCCGUCAGAUGUUUGAGAAGAAGCUGGAGGCGGCGCUGAGGACGCGGCGAGGCAUACCGGAGAGCGGGGCCGGUGCCAAGGCGUCCGGCGACGGCGUGGCCACGCCCAGACGCCACUCGGAGGGUCAGGGAGCGCGCGGCGGCGGCCACGAGAGGAGCUCCAGCUUGUCGCUCUCCUGCCGCAAGGCGUUCUCGGGCGUGUGGAGCGCCGGCCGCGAGAGGCUGUCCUCCACCUCUAGCUCCGCCUCCUCGUCGUGCGCCCCCAGACCUGAGGCCUCUGGGGGCGGGGACUGUGGCUCCACCCCCUCCAUAAACUCCUCCUCCUACAGCUUGGAACCCCGCCUCCCCCCGCACACGCCCCUCGCCCCGCUGCUCCACAACCCCCGCCUCACGCGCAGCGCCUCGUCCGAGGAGUCGUCCCACCGCAACCGUCUGGAGGCCCAGGCCCGCGCCACCUCCUGCUCCUUCACCCCCACCCUGCCCCCCCUCGACUCCGCCUCCACCCCCAGCGCCACGCCCGCCAGCCGCCGCCAGCUGCUCCGCAAGACCCAGAGCUUCGACUGCCCGGCCACGCCCGAGGGCGCCCGCUACGGCACGUGCCAGCGGACGCUGAGCGAACCUGCGCGCCGCGGCAACACGGGGGUGUUCAUCAAAGGGCUGGAAGUCAGCAGCACCGAGGUGGCCGAGCGGCCCUACAGCCCCAGGCUGGCUGCUCACGGCUGGGCCGCCCCUGCGGGGGAGGGCCUGCAGACCCCCGGAGCCAGCGCCACCAACAGCCCCGUGGCCGAGCCUCGUGCUAAAGGAAGCAGCAAGCUGCGUCACAUCGUGGAUGAGAUGGUGAGCACGGAGAGGGAGUACGUGCGCUCGCUACGCUACAUCAUCGAGCACUACUUCCCUGAGAUGGAGCGCCCCGACCUGCCGCAGGACCUGCGGGGGAAACGCUCCGUGAUCUUCGGGAACCUGGAGAAGCUGGUGGAUUUCCACAGCCAGUUCUUCCUCAAGGAGCUGGAGAGCUGCUGCAACCACCCGCUCCGCGUGUCCCACUGCUUCCUGCGCCACCAAGACCAGUUUGGCCUGUACGCGCUGUACAGCAAGAACAAGCCCAAGUCUGACACUCUGCUGGCCAGCCACGGAAACAGCUUCUUCAGAAACAAGCAGCUGGAGCUGGGGGACAAGAUGGACCUGGCGUCCUACCUGCUGAAGCCCGUCCAGAGGAUGAGCAAGUACGCUCUGCUGCUGAAGGACCUGAUCAAGGAGGUGAGCGAGGCUCAGGACACGGAGCUGGCCUACCUGCGAGCCGCCGCUGAGAUGGUCAAGUUCCAGCUGCGCCACGGCAACGACCUGCUGGCCAUGGACGCCAUCCGGGACUGUGACGUGAACCUGAAGGAGCAGGGUCAGCUGGUGAGGCAGGGGGAGUUCACCGUGUGGUACGGGAGGAAGAAGUGCCAACGCCACGUGUUCCUGCUGCAGGACCUGGUGCUGUUCAGCAAGCCCAAACGCAUCGAGGGCGGCCUGGACGUCUACAUCUACAAACACUCCUUCAAGACAGCAGACGUGGGGAUGACGGAGACGUCUGGAGACAGUGGGCUGCGCUUCGAGGUCUGGUUCAGACGCAGGACCUCCAAGAACCAGACCUACAUCCUGCAGGCGGCCAAUCAGGACGUCAAGCACGCCUGGACCUCUGACAUCACCAGCAUCCUCUGGCAGCAGGCUAACAGGAACAAAGAAAUCCGCAUGCAGGAGAUGGUUUCCAUGGGCGUGGGCAACAAGCCCUUCCUGGACAUCAAGCCUAGCGACGCUGCCAUCAACGACAGGGCCAUCGACUACAUCAUGAAGGGCAGAGGGGCCAGGACGAGAGCCUCCAUCGCCGUCUCCCUCUUCGACCACUCCAACCCCUUCAAGCGGGCCUCUGGGAACAGCUCUGGGGCCGGGGCACCCGCGGCCUCGGGCCCCUCGUCAUGCAGCCUGCUGGGGCCCCUCAACCUGCACAUGUACAGCAACCAGGCGCUGCUGCCGGCCUCGUCCGAGAGGCCCUUCAUCUCCCCCUGCAUCGAAGAGGACGAGCUGGAGAAUGAGACCAGCAGCCAGCCCUCCAUGACCACAGAGAGCUCAGGCUCGUCCUCUCACUGUCUCUCAGGCAGCGGGGGUUCCAGUGGUUCAGACAGCGGCUGUGUGUCUAGCCACCUGCCCGAGGCCCUGUCCGAGGAGCCCAGCUCCCCCUGCGAGCCCUCCUCCUCCUGCUACUCCCCCUCCGCCGCCUCGCCCGCCGCCGCCGACAAGCCACGCUUCAACAGCCAGUACAUUUCAGCCGUUUGAUACUUGGCUAUCACCAUCAAGACAAGACCACGUGAGAAGAUGGAGGGGUCUACGGCCGGAAGAUUGUUUUAUUGAUCCUCGCCCGCUUUCACCAUCAAGACAAAAACCCAGAGAAAAGAUGGACGGGGUUUCUUGUGGUCAUUCUCAGCACCAGAAAAUCUCAUCAUCACUCACAAACACCAGCUAGGACAUAGCACUGUUUUUUAAAAAGCCACUUUUGAGCAUAGCUUUUAUAUCGUGUAAAAAAAGAAAAAAAAGAAAAAAAAAGUUGAUUUAAAUAUUCUUAUAUUUAUCCUCUUUUUUUGCUGGUGCAGUAGUUCUCUGUACUAUAUCGGUAACUGUAAAUAAUUCUUGUUCUAGUUUACAAUGCGGUUAUAAACUGCUCCUGUGUUUUCUCAUAGACCACUUUAGCUGCAGACUGCAAUUGAAAAUGGCAGAUAGUGGAAGGUUUCUGAGGCAAGACUGUGGACGUGCUCUUCUUAAGCAUAGACGCCUUUUUAUUUUUCAUUUUAUCAAAGGCUCUUCACGGUCGUUUGGUUUUAAGCGUUUCGUUCCUUCGUCUCGGCCGAGUUCGUUUUUUUCCCCGCCACUUCCGUAGUGCCUGCGUCUUGUGGAUGGUGUGGUGUGUUACGUCCCCACGCCCAGCUCAGCUGUUCAUUUGAGACGGGCUGGAGAACGGAACAGCCUGAGAGGGAGAGAGAGAGAUAGAGAGAAGGAGAUAGAGAGAGAGAGAAGGAGAGAGAGAGAGGAAGAGAGAAGGAGAGAGAGGGAUAAAGUAAGGGGAGGAUGUUAGAGAAAGCGCUAAUGCAACUUUUUCCAUGUUCAUAUUUUCUGAGAAAAAAAGAUGGCAUUAAGAAAGAACACCAAAAUGUACAUUGUCUGUAAAUAUUAGCCCGUAGGAGAAUAAGAUUGUGAUAACUUUGUACAUGUAUGUAUUAACCAGCGAAAAAGCAGGGAAUCACUGAAGUGCCAUUCUCAAAUCGACAAAACACACAAAAGAAAAUGUUAAUCACAUUUCCACUCGUAGCUGGAGCAUGAAUGUGUACUCAAGUGUCAUAUUUCUUAAUCCUAACAAGUUCACACGUAUUUAAUAAAGAUGGAUUGCUUUGUAUCCAGAA